GCAGGAGGGAGUCACGUGAGCAGAGGGGCAGAUCCCGGGGCGGGGGAGACACAGGUGAGCGGCGCUUGAGCUGCGGGAGGACAGGUCGGGGCUGCGCUGGGGAGGUGAGAGAGAGGCAGUCGCCUGUGCGUGCGCCGUGUGUCAAUGAAGCCUGGUCAGUGCGCACCGGACUCUCCUCUCAGCUGCUUUUAGCCCCUGUCCCUCUCGGGCUUUGAUGCAUCUGGUCGCAGCGCUGAGACUGUGUCUGACACAUGGAGCGACAGCCUGACCCGGAGAGGGAAAAGUUGCCUGAAUGAGGGCGAUUCGAUCCCGGGAUCUGCGUUCCGCUGGGAAUGAAUUUACAGCCCGACUCUAUUGCUGUAGCCGGAUCCGGACACUGGCAGAUGGUCCGAGAACAAUAUACAAAAGCAACACAAGGAACAAACAUCGAGAGGCCGGAGAAACAAUAUGUCUACAAUAUUGGCAUUUACGGAUGGAGAAAACGUUGCCUCUACCUAUUCGUCCUCCUUCUCCUCAUCAUCUUAGUUGUGAACUUUGCUCUGACCAUAUGGAUUCUCAAAGUAAUGUGGUUCUCACCAAGCGGAAUGGGACACUUACGUGUUACGAGUGAAGGGCUGCGCCUUGAGGGGGAAUCAGAGUUCCUUUACCCCUUGUAUGCCAAAGAAAUUCACUCCAGAGUGGACGAUUCCCUGCUUUUACAUUCAUCCCAGAAUAUCACUGUAAAUGCUCGCAACUCAGACGGUCAUAUAACGGGCAGGCUCACAGUGGGUCCUAACGCAAUAGAGACCCAUGGACAGCAGUUUCAGAUCAACUCGGCCAACGGCAAGAUGCUGUUUUCUGUUGAUGAACAUGAGGUGUUGGUGGGAACAGAUAAACUAAGAGUGACAGGACCUCAAGGGGCUUUAUUUGAACACUCAGUGGAAACACCGUUGGUCAGAGCUGAUUCUUCUAAGCAACUGAGACUAGAAUCACCUACUCGCUCUCUGAGCAUCGAUGCACCAAAAGGAGUUCACAUAAAGGCUCAAGCCGGAAACAUUGAGGUUCUUUCUCAACAGGACAUCAAGUUACAAAGCAGCGAUGGAAUGCUGGUACUUGAUGCCGAAACGGUGCGACUGCCCAAGCUAAGCCUGCCGACUCCUCCUUCUGACUCGCGUCGUAAUUCCGGCAGCUCUCAGGAACUUUAUGAGAUUUGCGUUUGCCCGGACGGGAAACUCUACUUGUCAGUAGCCGGUUAUGGAUCGACAUGCCAAGAGUACAGUCGCCACUGCCAAUAAGAACUGACCCUGCCAGGAUGCCGACCCCGCUAUACAUUUUAUAGAGUCUGAAGAAGUCCCGCCACCAGCUGAGGAUUUUCAGACGCAAGAGGCAACACAUGGGUUGUAUAUUUGUAUUUUUAAAACCGCUGACUUUUCAAGAGAAACAGCAAUCUUAAUAUUUUUGUAGCCUAUGUAAUAUAGCACAAGCUAAUCCUGACUUGAAAAUGUGUUACCACUGAUAUUGUCUCUGCUGAAGCAAAUGGAAAGAACUUUAGCCUGAAGUCCAGCAGUAAAUAUAAAAAUAAAUAAAUAAAAAAUAAAGCCAACGAAUCAGGUUGAGUGUAGAAUAUUUAUCUUAUAGAAGUGCAUUUCAUACGAAGGCUGCUUAAUUAUAGUCACCAUGUGCCCAUAGGAAAGCACUCCACUAUCUUGUGUAUAUGUAAAAAGCCCACUGUGCCUGAUUAAUAGCAAUAGGUAUUGGUAACCAACAAUCUGGGUUUGAAAUUCCAGGCACCUUUGCAGAAUGUGUGCCGAAAUGAAUAGGGUGCAGACAAGCAACAUAAUUGAUAUGGUGACCACCACCAGCUGUUAUUUCCAUGACUUCAUUCAAGAAUAGUAACAAUGAAAAAUAAUGUAGGUCAAAUGAUUUGAUAAUUAGUUCAGAAUUCAGGUCAGUUUCUCUGAUUGAAGACUCAGCUCCAAAAGAAGAUAGAAGCCAGUUGGCUCAACGCUAUUGAUAACCCUACACAGUGGAAACAACAGUCUUAAAGAACCAGUAACACCAAAUGAAACUUAUUCGUUGGACAAGUCAUACCAGUUAUUUCAUUUGUGAGCAUGUUCAAAUAUUUUGUUUGAAGUGGAAGUCAUGUAUAUUAUUGCCUAGUGUUUGCUCUGCUGUGUUCAUCCAGAUUUUAUUCCAAGUUCCACCAGUUCACUGUGUCCAACAAGACCUUAAAUCAUACAUAGCACUGGCCUCCCGUAAGCUCUAACUCAAUAUUACUUUGAAUAUUUAUGGAUUUUAAGAUAUGGAUUUAUCAAUCCAAAAAAAAUCUUGAAGAAAAAACUGUCAGUGGGAGGUACAGUAUAUUUUCAACAUUUAAGCUAUUUUAUUUUCCCAGACUCAUUGGGGCAAGUUCACUAAAGGGUGAAUUUUUGCACACACACUUCUCGUCAACUUCUCUAGGUGCAAAUUCGCUACCACUAAGCUAAUUCACUAAAAUGUGAAGUUGCAUCUUGGCAGCCAAACACUGGUGACGUUUCGCUAGCGUUAGUUCAUCUGUGCGAGAAUUUCAUAGCAAACUUUCGUAUUCGUUUCUGGCUAGAGAAACUUCAUUAGUACAUUGAAUAGGGCG